AGGGACCUUAAAAUUUUAAAACCUUUUACACGAUUCUUGCAGAAAAGCUUUGUUUUUGAAAAAUUCUAAAUUAUCAACAAAAUAUCUGUGAAGUCCGAGAGUACCAUUUCCAACGCGUGUAGCUUCAGCAGUGUGAUUAAUUCUCUGAGAGAGAAUAUUAAUUGAAACAAUUUUCAAAUAAAUUAAUGCUUGGUGUCGGUGGCUUAAUAACAUACUUCUCUCAGUAACUAUAUACAAAGUAUUGUCGUCAGGAAUAUCGCGCAUCAUGUUGUACAAUUGAAGUAAUAAAGAGGCUUUCCAAGAAAAAAAAUCUUAGGAAAUUAAAUUACAGGGUGAUACUAUCUAAAAACCAAAUUUAACUUUUUUUUAAUUAAAAGAUUGAUUAAUUUACAGGAUAUUGAAAAAUAUUUUAAAAAAAAAGGUACAAUCGUAAAGAUUUGGUUUUAUUUAAUAUUUUUUCUUAAUCAGUAACAAAUACAAGAUUUUGUUCACCCUGUAUAAAUUUUACUCAUUUGCCUCUCAAUAAUUCCAAAAAUAAAUAACGGAUAAAAUUAGAAGAGUCUUUUACUUUUUCAUGAGAAGCAAAACCCAUGAAAUUGCCACCAUAUGUUCCCUGACUGAUGAACCCCUUUUAUAUUCGCUCUCUCGUUGCUUCGCGUGUGCGCAAGGCUCAAUUAAUUUUGUCGUGUGCCCAAGAGCGUUCUCGCAGUACAUACCAGAGUGUGGGAGACAUCAAAGUGUGAGGAGAAGCUCUCAGCCCGCCAAAAAAUGUCCAACGAUUGGACACGACCUUCAAAUGUGGAAUUCCCCAAAGUCUGGACCACUUUCCGAGCAAAGCAUCCCACCACGCAAGAGAUAUGGAAGUUCGAAGUGAAGGAUCUGCCUGUAGAACGCUUUGACGAAGCGGAAGAUAUCAUGAUUGAGCAUUUUCUCAAUGAAGAACAAAUGUGCAAAUCCAAAGGUGUAUCCAAUGAUCCUGUUUCUCUCGUCCUCGCACGUGUGUACUACCGGAAGAUGCUUGAGAAGAAAAUCACAUUGAUUUGCACGCGUGAGGGCUCAGAUGAGAUUGCGGGGAUUAACGUGUUGGAGCCUGCGACGAAGGAUGAUGAGAAAAUUGUCCUUCCCGAGGGAACGGAUGCAUCAGUGCUUGAUCUCCAAGUUGUCACAGAAUUCGUAACGAAACAAGCUGCAAUCUAUGAAAAGUAUUCAGUUGAUAAAUACAUCAGUGCCUGGGGAUUGUAUGUCUUCCCCAAAUUCCGUGGGAUGGGCAUUGGGGGUGAAAUUCUCAAGGCCAGAAUACCCCUUGGCAAAGCUUUAGGUUUCAGCGCUACCGGCACCCUGUUCACAAGUUCAACGUCCCAAGCAAUUGCCAAGAAAGUCGGCUUCGUGGAUGAUUACGUCGUAACGUACGAGGAUUUGGGUAAAAAGGAACCAUACAUUGAAUUCCCCAACGUGACGUCACCUCUCCUAAAGGUCAUGAGUCUCCGUAUUGAUUAAAUGCACCCCCUCCAUCCCAUUGAAAGAGGGAAUUUCUCGUAAUUAAAGUUACUGUGUGUAUUUACAUAAAUUAAAUUUACGCGUCAGUAAAUCUAAAA